ACUAGACCAGAUCACAGAAGUGGAGCUCCUUGAGAAGGAGGGCCAGGAGCAUGAGCCAGGUGUGAAGUCACUCAACUCUGUGUCUGAUGCACUCGUCAACAGCUGUGAAGCCGACGACCAGAGUGUCAUGGACACCACCGCUGACUUCAACGCCAGAUACCAGCAGCUUGGACAAGGUCUCGGGAGAGACGGCGGCAAUCCCUGGAGGAUAUGCUAGGACGUCUGAAGGAGUUCAACGAAGCAGUUCAAGACGUCCAGGACAAACUGAUCAAGCAGGAGGACAAGCUGGCAGAGCAGGAGAACCUCGGGCCAGAGGCCAGGGACAGCAAACAGUUCCAGAACCUAAGAAUCUCCAGUCUGAAGUGGCUGAUCUGCAGUCUAAGAUAGACUAUGCCAAGGACUUUGGGGAGGGCGUCCUUGCAGACGCACCCGAGGGAACGGACUCAAGCCUGAUCCGCGGUCCACUGGAGGCUGCGAAGGAUCGCUGUGAGAAACUGAGCAGUCGAAUUGAUGAGCUGUGUGGAGAACUAGAGUCAGGCUUACAUGAGCUGAACCAGUUUCAGAAUAACCUACGUGACCUUCAAACCUCCCUUGGUGACCUUGAGGAUGACCUUGACAAUAUGGAUCCUGUUGCCAGAGACAUAGAUGCCAUCAAUGCUCAGAUUGAGGAAAUCAAUAUGUUUGAUGACAAACUUGGUGAGAAGAAGGCAGAGGCUGAUGCGGCAAUAAAACGAUGUCAGGAACUGGUUGAUUCUGGCACAGCCUCAGAUCCAGAAGACCUAAAAAAACAGCUUGAUGGAAUCAACAAAAGACUCAGCAAACUGAACGACAAGGCCGGGGGAAGGAAGACAGACCUCUCCUCUGCUCUUGGCAAGCUGCAGACUUUCUAUGACACCCUGGCUGCACUGCAUGAUGGGAUAGAGAAAGGAGAGCUGGAACAGCAAUCCCAGCCUCCCAUUGGAGGGGAUUUGGCCAACAUCCAAAAGCUGGACAAGAACUUACAGGAGUUUCAGCAGACACACAUUGAGCCCCUACAGACACAGGUGGACUCUGUUAACAAGACAGGCCAGGGGCUGGUCCAGUCAGCCAGUCCUGGGGUCAACACCAGUGGUCUGGAGGCUGAUCUGGAGGCAGUGAAUGAUAGAUGGAACAGCCUAGCAUCAAAGGUAUCUGAGCGGAAGGCUAAGCUGGAUCAAGCACUGUUGCACUCUGGGAAGUUCCAGGAGACCUUAGCAUCACUUCUUGAGUGGCUGUCUGACACGGAGGAGCUUGUGGCCAAUCAGAGACCACCAUCAUCUGAGUUCAAGGUCAUCAAAGCACAACUGCAGGAGCAGAAGCUGCUGAAGAGGCUAGUGGAUGACAAGAAGCCGACAGUGGACUCCCUGAAGCAGGAGGCAGAGCAGCUGUCCAGUAUCGCCGACCCAGCAGACCGGCAGAAGAUUCAGCAGCAGCUGGCAGACUUGUUCCAGCGCUGGGACGCUCUCACCACCAAUGCUGCAGACAGAAAACAAAAACUUGAAGAUAUCUUGGAGGUUGCAAAGGAGUUCAAGGAUGCGUAUGACCCCUUAGUGGAGUGGUUUGAGGCCACGGAGAGGAAACUGUCAUCUCAGCAGCCAAUCGCUACAGACCCUGCCAAGAUGGAGGAGGACACAAAAGAACAUCAGGCAUUGGCUGAUGAAGUGGCCAAUCAGGAGGCAGCAGUAAAUCAGGUGACCAAAUCUGGCCAAUCGUUGAUGGAGCUUUGCAGCAAUGAUGAGCAGGAGGCUGUGAAGGGUCAAGUUGACUCUGCCAGAGACCGUUUCAAGAACAUCCAGGAAAAAGUUUGUAAUCGGGGAGACCAACUUGAGCGAGCGCAAGAAAGCCGCCGCCUUUUCGGUGCUAAUGCCCUGGCCCUGCUUGCAUGGAUGACUGAAAUGGAGGAGGCCCUUGCUAAGGCAGGAGUCAUCUCUGUUGAGCCAGUCACCGUGGAGACACAACUGCAAAAACAGACGGCCAUCACCAAAACUGACCAUAAGGCAGCUGUAGAAGAAGCUGUAGAAACUGAGAAAUCUCUCCUCACACAAACUACAGAAGGAGAUGAGAUCCUUGUCAUUCAAGAAAAACUGGACAGCAUGAAGGACAGAUAUGCCAACAUCUCUUCAAAGGCCAAUGACAGGCAGCAGAGUUUGGAACAAGCUCUCCCAUUGGCCAACAAGUUUAAAGAUGCCACUGAGAAGCUGUCUGAUUGGCUGGACAGGGUUGAGUCUGAUAUGGGUACUGCUGAAGAUGCUGCUGGCUCUGAACAACAGCAGGAGAGAUUCAGGGUGAGAUGA